AAAAGAAAGGAGAAAAAGAGGAGGAGAAAAAGCCAGAAGGUUUGUGCCUCUGCCUAGAGUCCCAGUUAAAUGCGACUAUUUCAGACUGGCCAAGGUGAAGCAAAGUUGCCUCUGCGCCUGGGAAGUGGGUUUGCUUGUAAAGAGGAGAAAGACUCAUCUGGGAACUGCUCCCCUCCCUUCCAUAGAAGACCACUGGGUGCCCCCUUUUCCCAACCUCCCUCUUUUUUUUUUUUAAUCCUCCCACCCUCCCUUUUCCCACUCCCCACUGACUGGGAGACCUGGAUGCUCUGCCAACCAGGCAGUGGUCCAGUGCCCAGCCAGGAGGGGGCGGGUGCAGGGGGCUCCGUGACAGGAAGCAGCGCUCACAAGUUGGCCAUUUCGAGGACAAAAUAAGUUCUCGCUUGGAUUUGGAAAGGACAAAGCCAGCAAGCUACCUCUUUUGUGUCGUAUGAGGAAGAUCAACCAUGAGCCAGAACUCGGGUGCAGGCUCAGCCACUGCCGCUGCCACCACGGUCAGCUCCAGUCCGUGCCAGGAGUUGUCGGUGCGAGGAAUUUGGUGACAGGCUCUGUUAGUCUGUUACUGCCUUAUUUGAAGGACAAGCCAAAGAUCCCGUUUGGAAAUGGGAGAGGAAGAUUAGCUGGCAACAUUGAUUCCACUCAUUGAUGUAUCCCUGAAAGAACUGACAAAGGAUUCAUGAAAAUGUUGACAAGACUCCAAGUUCUUACUUUAGCUUUGUUUUCAAAGGGAUUUUUACUUUCUUUAGGGGACCAUAACUUUAUGAGAAGGGAGAUUAAAAUAGAAGGUGACCUUGUUUUAGGGGGCCUAUUUCCUAUUAAUGAAAAAGGCACUGGAACUGAAGAGUGUGGCCGAAUAAAUGAAGACCGAGGAAUCCAACGCCUGGAAGCCAUGUUGUUUGCCAUUGAUGAAAUCAACAAAGAUAAUUACUUACUACCAGGAGUGAAGCUGGGUGUUCACAUUUUGGAUACAUGCUCAAGGGAUACUUAUGCAUUAGAACAAUCACUGGAAUUUGUCAGGGCAUCAUUGACUAAAGUGGAUGAAGCUGAGUAUAUGUGUCCUGAUGGAUCUUAUGCCAUCCAAGAAAAUAUUCCAUUGCUCAUUGCAGGGGUUAUUGGAGGUUCUUACAGCAGUGUUUCCAUACAGGUGGCAAACCUCCUUCGACUCUUCCAGAUCCCUCAGAUAAGCUACGCUUCCACCAGCGCCAAACUCAGUGACAAAUCGCGCUAUGAUUACUUUGCCAGAACUGUGCCUCCUGACUUCUACCAAGCCAAAGCCAUGGCUGAGAUCUUGCGUUUCUUCAACUGGACCUAUGUGUCCACUGUAGCUUCCGAAGGAGACUAUGGGGAAACCGGAAUUGAGGCCUUCGAGCAAGAAGCCCGCCUGCGCAAUAUCUGCAUUGCCACAGCAGAGAAAGUGGGUCGCUCCAACAUCCGUAAGUCCUAUGACAGUGUGGUCCGAGAGCUGCUGCAGAAGCCCAAUGCACGUGUCGUGGUCCUCUUCAUGCGCAGUGACGACUCACGUGAGCUCAUUGCCGCUGCUAGCCGUGCUAAUGCCUCCUUCACCUGGGUAGCCAGCGACGGCUGGGGGGCACAGGAGAGCAUAGUCAAGGGCAGUGAGCACAUAGCCUAUGGUGCCAUCACAUUGGAGCUUGCAUCACAACCAGUCCGUCAGUUUGAUCGCUACUUUCAGAGCCUCAACCCUUACAAUAACCACCGCAACCCCUGGUUCCGGGACUUCUGGGAGCAAAAGUUCCAGUGCAGCCUCCAGAACAAACGGAACCACAGACGUGCUUGUGACAAGCACCUAGCCAUCGACAGCAGCAACUAUGAGCAAGAAUCCAAGAUCAUGUUUGUGGUGAAUGCUGUGUAUGCCAUGGCCCACGCACUGCACAAAAUGCAGCGCACCCUCUGUCCCAACACCACCAAACUUUGUGAUGCUAUGAAGAUCCUGGAUGGUAAGAAGCUAUACAAGGACUAUUUGCUGAAAAUCAACUUCACGGCUCCGUUCAACCCAAACAAAGGAGCAGAUAGCACUGUCAAGUUUGAUGCCUUUGGAGAUGGAAUGGGACGUUACAACGUGUUCAAUUUUCAGUAUUUGGGUGGCAAGUAUUCCUACUUGAAGGUUGGUCACUGGGCAGAAACCUUAUCACUAGAUGUUGACUCCAUCCACUGGUCUCGGAACUCAAUCCCCACUUCCCAAUGCAGUGACCCCUGUGCCCUCAAUGAAAUGAAGAAUAUGCAACCAGGGGAUGUCUGCUGCUGGAUCUGCAUCCCCUGCGAGCCCUAUGAAUACCUGGCUGAUGAGUUUACCUGUAUGGAUUGUGGCCCUGGACAGUGGCCCACUGCAGACCUAACUGGCUGCUUUGACCUUCCUGAAGACUACAUCAAGUGGGAAGAUGCCUGGGCCAUUGGUCCAGUCACUAUUGCCUGCCUGGGGUUUAUGUGUACAUGCAUAGUUGUCACUGUUUUUGUUAAGAACAACAACACACCAUUGGUCAAAGCAUCAGGCCGGGAGCUCUGCUACAUCCUGUUAUUCGGGGUUGGCCUGUCAUACUGCAUGACAUUCUUCUUCAUUGCCAAACCUUCACCAGUCAUCUGUACAUUGCGCCGCCUAGGACUAGGUACCUCCUUUGCUAUCUGUUACUCAGCCCUGCUGACCAAGACAAACUGCAUCGCCCGCAUCUUUGAUGGGGUAAAGAAUGGCGCUCAGAGGCCAAAAUUCAUCAGUCCAAGUUCUCAGGUUUUCAUCUGCCUGGGUCUGAUAUUGGUACAGAUUGUGGUAGUCUCCGUGUGGCUCAUCUUGGAGAUUCCAGGCACCAGGCGGUACACUCUUCCAGAGAAGCGAGAAACAGUCAUCUUAAAAUGUAAUGUUAGAGAUUCCAGCAUGUUGCUCUCCCUUACCUAUGAUGUGGUCCUGGUGAUUUUAUGUACUGUGUAUGCCUUCAAAACGCGGAAGUGCCCAGAAAAUUUUAACGAAGCCAAGUUCAUUGGUUUUACCAUGUAUACCACAUGCAUCAUCUGGUUGGCCUUCCUCCCCAUAUUUUAUGUGACAUCCAGUGACUACAGAGUACAGACAACCACCAUGUGCAUCUCCGUUAGCCUGAGUGGCUUCGUGGUCUUAGGCUGUUUGUUUGCACCCAAGGUGCACAUCAUCUUAUUCCAACCCCAGAAGAAUGUGGUCACACACAGACUUCAUCUCAACAGGUUCAGUGUCAGUGGAACUGGGACCACAUAUUCUCAAUCUUUAGAAGCAAAGGGGCCGUCCAGAGCUGGUUCCCAAGGACAGGCAAUCAAGAACGCUUGCUGCAAAUCCUCUGCAAGCACGUAUGUCCCAACGGUGUGCAAUGGGCGGGAAGUUCUCGACUCCACCACCUCAUCUCUGUGAUUGUGAAUUGCAUUCAGUUCUCGUGUUUUUAGACUGUUAGACUAAAGUGCUCACGUGCAGCUCCAGAAUAUGGAAACAAAGCAAACCCUAGUACCUUUUUUAGAAACAGUACAAUAAAUUAUUUUUGAGGACUGUACAGUAUGUAGUGACACGCUAGAACUUUGUAGGCUGAUUUUAGUGCCCCAAUGACUAACAUGUCCCCCAGAACAUGGAAAUAACAACUGUUUACUGAGCUGAGUAUUGGUGACAGGGUCUGACAGAGUCAGUUCUACUAAAAACUAUGGUGGCAAUAUUAGGUAACUUUUUUUUCCUAUGAAGUUUUUUGUAGGUCCUUGUUGUAACUAAUUUAGGAUGCGUUUCUAUGUUGUAUAUUAAAGUUACAUCAUGUGUAACAGGUUGUUUUUAUCAGCACAAAAUUAAAAAGAAUCUGUAUUAAUGUAAAGAUACUGAGAAUAAAACCUUCAAGGUUUUCCAGCAUGGUGGAUAA